AUGGAAACAGCAACGGACAGCAGAUCUGGCUACGGCCUUGUCGCCGACACGGUCACCGGCCGCGACCGCGACUGGUCCCGCUUGCCGGAGGAUCUGCUGGUAAGCGUCCUUGGUUCACUGCACGUGGCGGACACCAUCCGCUCGGGCGCCGUAUGCGCAUCGUGGCACGCUGCGUACGUCGCGUUCCGGCGGCUGCGCCUCCCAUCGCCGAGGCAGCCGCCCUGUCUGCUCUACGCUUCCGACGCAGUCAACCCCGGCGCCGCUGUUCUACACUGCCCGUCCACCGGCGCCACGCUGCGGAUCCCCUUCCCUCUGGCCCCACUCGACCGCCGGCCCCUGCUGGGCUCCGGCCACGGCUGGCUGAUCACCGCCGACGAGGCCUCCGACCUGCACCUCCUCAACCCCGUCACCGGCGACCACGUCGCGCUGCCGCCCAUCACCGCGCUCCACCACGUCGAGCGCGGCACGGACGAGGAUGGCGACCCCGCGUACCUCGUCUACGAGAAUCUGCCGGAGUACAAUUGCAGCAACAGCCGGUUCGAGGUGGACACGGAGCCCACCAUCCUGCCGGUGGACGAGGCGCACGGGUGCAUGUACUUCCGCGUCGUGCUCUCGGCCAGCCCGUCCGCGGGCCGCGCCUGCGUCGUGCUGCUCCUGCACAUGCCGCGGGGCGAGGUCUCCUUCGCCAGGCUCGGCGACGACCGGUGGACUUGGGUCGCACCGGUCAGCGACGACGACACCGGUCUCCCGUCGAGGUACGGCUACCGUGACGCCAUUUACAGUGCCGCUCAUGGCUUGUUCUACCUGCUCCGGUUAGAUGCCUCCAUGUACAGCUUGGAGCUUAACGGGCCUUCGCCGGUGGCACGUAAGGUCCUCAACUACUUGCCGAACUCAGUCAACUCGACCAAAUAUCUAGUCGAGACGCCGGCCGCCGGUGACAUUUUGCAAGUUUGGAGGAAAAAGAAGUACAUCAACUCGUUGACGCCGGUGUACUUUCCACCGGACUAUGUGGACGACGGCGAAAGGGGUAUGGACCCGUGUCUGGAGCACAACACCAUUGAGUUGCAGCUGUACAAGAUUGACCUGCAUCGACAGAGGGCGGAGCUGAUCAAGAGCCUGCCGGAAUAUGCAUUGUUUCUUGGCUUCAAUGGCUCUAUGUGUCUACCGGUAAAGGAUUUUCCUGGGUUAGAGCCGAAUUGUGUUUACAUGACCGACGACUCCACAGAGUAUGUGAAUUAUAACAAGCUUAACCGCCGAGAAAUUGUGAUAUAUUACUGGGACUCCAUGAGUGGUGAGGGGCAAUAUGACAGCUUCCUUCAGAAGUUCGUGGAUGCUGGUUUGCUAUUGUCACACAUCUGCAGUAGGCACCCAAAGGCAAUCCUGCCGGCCGCCACAGCUUCAACAGAAUUAAAGAAAUGCAUGGCUGAAGAUCCAGGAUUAGCUGCUAAGUGGAUCAGUGCUGAUGAUAUUGAAGAUGUUAAUCCUGCCAGCAAUACUGUUGAGAAACAUGGUUAG